CUCACUCGAAUAUACUGAGGUUUUAUCUUUGAUUUUCAUAGAGGCUCUUCCAAUUCUUCCAACUCAUGACCGACCGCCUGGUGAGCUUUUUUAAUAUGUUAUCCACGUAACCCUCCUAAUGACGAUUUAAAGGAAAGUUGAAUUUAACCGUGACCGUUGAUUGUGCUUUUUUCUUUUGUUUUCUUGUUGGUUCGCAACUUCGUAACUUGGCGCGGAAGUUGAUAAGUUCGGACCACAUCUUGGUAACUUGCAAUGGCAACGUAAUGACUUGCGACUUGCGAUUGCAACCUAAACUUGCAUGGCAUCACUUGGUGGCUUACAAUGAUAACAUAGCAACUUGCAAUGGUAACUUAGUAAAUUGCAAAGGCAAUUUACUACGUUGCCAUGGUAUUUUCGUAACUUGUCAUUUGCAAUGGCCAUUGAGAACUUUGAAAUGGCAAUUUAGAAAUUUGUCAUCCUAUUUUGGUAACUUGCAAUGGACACUUAAUAACUUGAAAUGGUAAUUUAGUAACUUGCAAUAGCAAUUUGAUAACUUGCCAUGGUAUAUCAAUAUCUAACAAUGGCAACUGAGUAAUUUGCAGUGGCAAUUUAGUACUUUGCAAAGGCAAUUUGCCUUUGUAUUGUUGUACCUUGUGAUGGCUAUUUAGUAAAUUGCAUGAGCAAUUUAGUAACUUGCCAUAGUAUUUUAGCAACUUACUUCAACAACUAAGCAAUUUGCAGUGGCAAUAUAGUACGUUGUAAUAGCAAUUUAAGAAUUUGUCAUCUUAUUUUAGUACCUUCCGAUAGAAACUUAGUAACUUCUAAUCGCAGUCUAAUAUCUUGACGUGGUAUUCUAUAUAACUUGCAGGUGCAGCUCAGUAACUUGCGAAGACCCUUGAUUAAGCAAUUUGCUCUGGCGACUUAUUGACUUGCAAUGGCAAUUUUGUAACAUCCAGUGGCUAUUUACUAACUUGUCAAAGCAAACGAUCGCAAAUCAAUCACGUUAUGCGUGGCGUGGCGGGAAUUUAGUUUAUCGUUACACUUGCGUUUAAGAUGCUCGUAAGGAAGUCGGAUGACCAGACAAUUUAGUUCCCUGACGGGGCGCACGACCGCUUGCCAAAAAGGACGAGGACUCUGCGAACGACAUUGACAGCCUUCAGGACAAUUUGUAGGAAGUACUUAUCUCUAAAUCCUAUAUUCUAACAUUACGUUGGUGUUGUUUAUUUUUCAGUAUGGCUGUUUUGGUUAAGUCGUAGCCUAUACUCAGCUACACAUUACUGGCGAGUUAUGAAACGUAAAACAGCAAUUUUGCAGUGAAUGCUUUUCAGCCUGUGAAUGUAGCAAACGGGUCACCAGGUCAGGUUCAUUGUUGGAGAUUUCUUCAACAUUUCCAUCCAUGGUAAUGCAUUUUCUGAGAUAUCCGUGGCGACAAAUGAAAAUGGAGAUAAAAAAGAUCAAAUUUUGAUGAAAAGUAAAUAAUGUGGAUACAUGUAUAUUCUAUUAAAAUGUUAUUAUACGACUAAAAAGUUGCGUUAUACAAAAAAAUGCAAAAUUGAGAGGAAAAAGAUUUGUUGGCUAUAAUCACAGGAAAUCCUUCGUCAAAUGAGAAGGUUAAGACUUUGCCAGAGAAUCUCCUUAGAAUACUUUUCGAGGAUAUAACAUCUCAGCAUAACAAUAGCAGCAAGAAAUAAUCCUUUCCUGGCAGAAGCCGUUUCAGCCGUGUUCCACGUCGAUUGGUGCCAGAGGCUGUGGUGAGAUACAAAUUUAUAAGCAGUUAUCGAUUCCAUUGGUGCUUGUGACAUCAAAAGGUUUGUAUGUACAAUUUUCUUUUUUUUUCCUGAAAUAAAGCUGUCGUGAUGUUUUAGAACAGUCUUUCUGUUAUGCAACGUGAUUCCAUACCAAAACUACAGUUUGAGUUAGGUGUAAGUGGGCUAGGAGUGAUAUUGUAUUCAGAAUGGCCAAGGAUUUGUGAGAAACAAGUGUUUUAUCACGAGAGAAUAGAAAAAGGCUGAAGUAAAAUUUUGAGGGAAAUCCCUGAGAAAGAAGUUUUAUUUCGAGAUUUCAGGGCUCCAGCUUAGAUCCAAGAGAAAGAUAACAAUCCAGAGCCUGGAAUUCACUCAUAAAUCAUACAUACACACCCCUUGGUUAAGUGGCUUUCUCCCUGGAGGCUAAGAUUCAUUUAUAUCUAAUUUUUGACUUAGAAACCAUGUUUCGUGUGGCUCUGAACUUUAUUUUCAGGUCAUAGCAUCCAUAUGCGUCCAUUCCGAGGUAAACUACCACAUUUUUGUAAUAAGUAAAAUAGAUUCGAGACAAUAACGUAAGCAAGAUUUUUCUCCUCUUAUAUACAGGUUAGAUGGACUUUGUCAUUGUUGUCUGGUGAUGGAGAAUUUUAUUACCACCUCCAUUACCCUUGGUUUAAUUAUUUCCAUACCCCACUCUCACUUCACCUCGCCCAACUCUUGAACUUUGACAUAUUCAUCUGGUACAUUAUCUGAGAGGUUGUGAGAUUUUUACACCGUGAACCUGUUAUAUAUGUGUUUUAUUUCCAGGUCCUCAAUCCUCCGCGUUGGGAAAUUGAAGAGGAGAAGUAGAUAAUAAGGUAAUUAAAUAUGGAGAAGGAAAGGGUUGAAUGGUGCAUGGACUGUCACAGUGAGAUCUCUUUAUGAAUUCUUACCUCAGUGAGAUAUGAUUAGUUUCGUUACUCAUUCUUGGUUAGCUUACGCAAGCAAUUUGCCAUUUUUCCCAAAAGAUCGUGGACAAACUACGCAGAAGCAGAGUAUUAGAGACUUUAAGAAAAAAACGACGGCGACGAUAGUGAGAAGGUGGCGAAAUAUAAGAUUUCAUGAACCUGAAAACUCGCUCAGCGCGCGCAUUUAAAAACUUUGUAAAUAUCUUGGUCGUCGUUUACAAAACAACAUUAGAAAAUCUCCAAAAUUUUGCGCAGUCUGAGAACGGGAACCCCUUGGGCAAAUCAUCCAACGCUCCAUUCUCACGUUUUGCUGAAAGAAAAGAUCUGGCGCCGUUUAAGACAGCAAACAUAUCGCGCGCUACGCAUGAAAUACUCAGGAGAAACGGAAGUUCCUUUCUUUUUUAAGCGAUGUUUUCCCAGGUAUAGCUGUCGUGACUCCCUAAUUAAAUCUGUGGCAGAACGUAAGUAGAAAAUUUAUUUAAACACAUCAUAACCUCACGAGACGUUGACGAAACACUGCAACAAUUUCGAAAUUUCUAUACCCAUGCUUGAAGUACAAUCUUAAAUGAACACAUCACAGAAUGGUACUAUAUAGUUGUAUAUAUCGAGACUGACGUGGAUUGACUUAUAUAUUUGCUACUGAUGGUCUUAGUCUAAGGUAUACCAUUUUGAUUUGAAGUCUCUAAUGAAGUUUACGACCCUUGUUUCAAAUCCUCGUAAGCAUACAAUAAAAUUAGUUUUAUUCUAAGAUAAGCUUGAUUAGUAAGUAUUGAUAAGGCCGAAAAGAUCAGGGAUUAUUAUGCAGGUGUCCAUUGAACGAGAAACCCCAACAACGCAAAUACUAAUCCUGUUGAUAUUUAGAUGAUUCAUUGGGCGCGCCUUUUGAGGCACGAGUUUUAAAUUUCAAGGUCUUUCCAGUCGCAAAUCACUGUAAAAGCUCUGGUGUGCAUGCUUGCUUACAAGAUGCUUUACAUUUAAGCUUCAAGGACUUAUUGAAAACCAUAUCACUGAUAACAUUUUUGCAUGCUUUUCAAAUGAUUUUCACGUGCCUUUUACUUGCACGUAAAACUUGUGCAAUAGGUGUGAAAAUCGUAUUUAGACUUCCUCUAGAUUUUACCAUUACAAGAGCCUGAGUACGUGUAGAUGUGCGUCUUGGUUUUUUUAGGACUUCCGCCGCCUAUUGUUGUCUAUCAUGUGGGAAGCUUUUCUUUGUAUGAAAAAAAAGCCUGUCAUUUUUUCUCGUGACUCUGGCGAACCCAUCUCAUUAUCAAACUGAAGUUAUGUCAUAGCCAUGAACGGUAGUGUGCACAAGAAAAGCCUUUUCUUAUGUACGUUGAAAACCUCGAAAUGAACGACUCGCCAAAAUGGCUUAUUUUCAUCAAAGUAAACGGUCAGGUAACAAGUGAUACGCUGUGAAAGUAAGGUGAGGUAUUUUUAUUGAGAAUUUGACGUAUUGUUUUAUUCCUUAGAGCGGUCGUAAAUAUUCUCAUACAAGCUUUUAUAAUAUUCCGCUAUGACUGUUAUUGGGCAAGAUGAUCAUCUCACAGCUGGAGCUUGGGCUGCUUGUGGUUAUCUAAACUAUUUGACAGUCAAUUAUCUCUUUUUCAUAUAUUAAAGUUCAUUGUAUUAUUAUCUCAUUUUCAUAAAUGCUCUCAAAGCGGGAUAACAACUGAAGCUGUUCGAGGAAUCAACCAAAGUAGGAGUAUUUUCAUCGUCAUGAUACUCAGUGCGCUCUUGUUCAAAGCGAUUCUCGUUGCUUUCCUUGGCUUUCUGGAUAAUUGGCAAGCGGAUGCGUGUUCAGGUUGGUGUGAAUCCACGUUCCUUCUUAUCCGCUGUCAAUAAUAAGGGUAUUGUUGUUCUUAGUGUAUCCCUAGCCUUAUUCGGGAAAAACAUUUUAAAAUCUCUCGUUAUCACUAAAUAUUAAAGUAACUAUAGUUUAGUCAUUGAAUUGAACAUGACCAUGUGUAUAUACCAACUAGCAGGUGAAACAAAAUCAAGAUAGUUAGACUGAUUGUGGAUUGUGGGACGUUAAAUGAUGAUCUUAAAUCCAAAGUCUAUGAUGGCUUCUCAGGUAGCUGUUUAAAAAGAAUUCUCCUUACAUGCCUGGCAGCAAGGCCAUCAUAUCAUUUUAUCAUACCCAUGAUAUCAAAAACAAGACGCUACUCAGAGCCUUUAUUAUAGCCGGAUUUGCGGUUCAGAGGGAACGAAUUAAAGGCGUUGCAGUUUUUAGCAAAAUCGCUGUUGGGUGCUUUACAUUGUUAACUUAACAUUGAGAGUCAUAGAGAUUAAUUAAGUUGAUGCCAUGACAAGUUUUUGUCGGAUAAGUAUGGUUUUUUUGGUCCGCUAAAGUAAACUACUGAACGAUCCCAUUGCCAAUAUUUACUUAAGAUAAUUGAAUUGAUCUAUCGAAUUAAAUCAAUCAGCCAAUAAACUUUAGCUGUCCCACGGUUGUUGUUUUAGAGGCGAUUCACAGUAUUAGGUUUGUGCUUUAAAUAAAUAUUUUGAAUUUUGCUCGAAAGAUAAGUGUAACCUGUUACAAGCUUGGUUAUCGUUUAUGCGCGUCCCAGCAUUUUAAGCUUGAAUACACUCGAUGCAAAAACUCAUAAGAUCUAUUCUGCGGAGGAAAAACCAAAUCGAAUUUCUGAUUAUGGCCGGUUAACGGCCAGAGUAAAGAGUAGAUAAUGGUCCAGGUUCCUUCUUUGUCGCAUUUUAUUUAAAGUAAAAAUCCGAAGACGCACCACGCUGGGUGACUUUAACUCUUCCUAUUCAAGCGGAAAUUGACUGCAUUCUGCAUUUGUUUUCAUUUUCUCUGCUUCUUUUAGGACUUCCGCCGCCUAUUGUUGUCUAUCAUGUGGGAAGCUUUUCUUUGUAUGAGCCUAGCCUUAUUCGGAAAAACAUAUUAAAAUCUCUCGUUAUCACUAAAUAUUAAAGCAACUAUAGUUUAGUCAUUGAAUUGAACAUGACCAUGUGUAUAUACCAACUAGCAGGUGAAACAAAAUCAAGAUAGUUAGACUGAUUGUGGAUUGUGGGACGUUAAAUGAUGAUCUUAAAUCCAAAGUCUAUGAUGGCUUCUCAGGUAGCUGUUUAAAAAGAAUUCUCUUUACUUGCCUGGCAGCAAGGCCAUCAUAUCAUUUUAUCAUACCCAUGAUAUCAAAAACAAGACGCUACUCAGAGCCUUUAUUAUAGCCGGAUUUGCGGUUCAGAGGGAACGAAUUAAAGGCGUUGCAGUUUUUAGCAAAAUCGCUGUUGGGUGCUUUACAUUGUUAACUUAACAUUGAGAGUCAUAGAGAUUAAAUAAGUUGAUGCCAUGACAAAUUGGAAAUACUAAAAUCGCCAGAUGAAAUGCGGGGAAUAACGUAGGUACCGCGGCAAAGUCAACAGAAAAGUAGUAAGUCGCUUUGUGAAUUAGCUUGAGUCACGGAGAAAUCCUGAAUGAUGGUAACCAUCCAACUCCACAGAAUAAAAAAAACGCAUAUCUCGGGCGUUCUAUAAAACCAGUAUUAUAAAUAAUACUGGUAAAUAGAAUCCUGCGUUUAUCAAAUUUCCGGUUGCAAAGCUCAUCAAAUUUUAACGCUGCGAUUCAAAUCUUUCCUUGCCUGCACGAGCCAACUUCCACUAUUUUCCAUUCCUGUUUAAAGUUUCGCCUCACAGUUGCUCAAUAAAUAUUUGCAUUUGAAAGCGAUGAUCUUUGUUUAAGAGGUUUUCUCCCGCUGACAUCUGGUUACAAAUCUCUAGAGUUUUCUGCCGCGGGACGAUAUACCAUAGAAGGCAUUUCAUGGACCACAAGUUUUUCGACGGAUUGAAAUUAAACAUAUCUGGCAGUGACUUUUACAAAUUUUUGUCGGAUAAGUAUGGUUUUUUUGGUCCGCUAAAGUAAUCUACUGAACGAUCCCAUUGCCAAUAUUUACUUAAGAUAAUUGAAUUGAUCUAUCGAAUUAAAUCAAUCAGCCAAUAAACUUUAGCUGUCCCACGGUUGUUGUUUUAGAGGCGAUUCACAGUAUUAGGUUUGUGCUUUAAAUAAAUAUUUUGAAUUUUGCUCGAAAGAUAAGUGUAAACUGUUACAAGCUUGGUUAUCGUUUAUGCGAGUCCCAGCAUUUUAAGCUUGAAUACACUCGAUGCAAAAACUCAUAGACGACUUUCAUAAUGGCGGACAUCGCGAGAGCCCUGGAUCGAGUUGCAUGAAAGCGAGGUCAGAGAGGCCAAACUAUCGCGUCGCGUCCCUCUUCGUUUGUUAUGGCGAGUACUUAGAAUAUAUCAAAUCCGACACUUCCUACGGAAAACGAUGUACCCGGCGCUUCUCUUCUUGAAAGAAAACCUGAGGAGUUAAAAAUCUCAGAGAUUAAAUUUUUGCUUAAAUGUUGUGGAGAUGCGCGGACAUGAGUGCAUGGCUACAUACGACCCUAUUCUUUCUGAACUGAACAAGUGCAGAAACUGCUUUCUUAUUACUUUGAACAUUUUAUUAAGUUUGCUUAUGCAAAGCUUUUCAAUUGAAAAUGUCUGGAAAAUAACAACAGUGAUUGUGAAGUCUUGUGAACAGCUACAUCUAGUUGACCCUGUAAUCUGCAGUUUUACCUGCUAGAGCUAUUUUGUUAUGACAGCUCUGUUUUUUUCAACACAAUUGGUAAUACCAUGCUUCUACAUUCAAAUAUUCUUAAUUGUCGUGAAUUUACUUGUUGACUGGGAAUUAAUACCUUACAUGAAUAAAUUCUUACUGUUUUGUAGUUGUAAUUUGUUGUGGGUUGAAAUUUUUCCAACCUGUUUGAUUUUUAAUCUUCUUUGUUUCAAAGUAUGCUAGACUACAAAGGAAAAUUAAAACCAAACUGGUUCAAACAUUUUGCACCAAAGAUAAUUUAAACAUAACAUAGACAACAUGGUCUUUACAGACAGAAACAAAGUCACUCAAUUUUGCUGUAAACCUUCCGAUAAAUAGUCAGAACAGAGGGGAAAAUGUUGUCUUUAUCUUAAUGCCCAAUUUGUAACCCCUUACAAUCAAGGGAGAGAAGAGAUUUGUGGGCAAUUUAUGGGUUAAGUAAUUCAUUCAUGCUUCACAUGAAUGUGACAUUCACAUUGAUAUUAUGUUAGGUUGUGCAUUACAACAGUAUGCACAUGCUGGCCACAUCUGGUUUACAAUUCUCAUUUGAUGUAGUGGAACAACUCUGUCCCAGAUGUGAAAAUUCUUAAUCUUGUUAAAGGUAGAUUCAACAUGUAUCUGUAAACUUGCAAUUUCCUGUGUUUUUACCACAUCUUCUACAGCCAUCUGAGAAGAUGCUCCAAGAAAGGGUGGCAAAUUUAAACUGACUCCCAAAGCCAACAAAUCCUAAACUAUCAAUCCCUAAUCUGCCAUAAUGGAGUCUUUCUCAUCAAAUGAUAGAUUUAAGAAUCCACUCCAUCUGACAAUUUCCCGAUUGGAAAUAGAAGCUGUAUACAGUUGACUUCUGAAUGUCACUGCUCCACUGGGAGAAAUACCAACCAAACCUUUCAAAGUUAUGUGAUUUUUGUAAGCACUGAAAAGUUCUCAAUUUAACUGCAAGCUGCUUGGCAUUUGACAUCUAACCUCAGUAAAGUCAAUUAUGACUCUAGUAGAUUUGUACCUUCCCUUAAAAGAUUUGAGCAUUUUAUUGAUUACUUUUCUGCUGGGCCAAAUGUUUAUUUGUCCAAACUUAAAGAACAUAAAAUUGACCCAUGUGAUAAAUAUUCUACUUAUUGCAGAUGCUGAUUCAUUAAAUAAUUGAGCUAGAUGGUCUUCUGGGAAUCCUUGCCUUAGUCUACACAUGACUAUAAAAAAUUCAUCAAGGGGCCUUAAAGAUCUAGCUCUCCCCUUUUUUGUUAGUAGUCUGCCCUCACUGUAAUCAGACUCAAUGUUGUUGUCAGUUUUUGACCGCCAGUAGGAAAUGAUAAAGAUAUUCAAAAACAGCCAUUUAAGUGUCCUAGCUUUGAAAGCCAGUAUAAAAAGCAGCAUUGGAAUCUUUUGACUUAAAGUUUUCAAAGUUAAACAAUCUUUUAGUAACAGCAUCAUGUUGCCGCUGGGUAUCUUGCAGUUGGCGCUUAAGUUCCUCAAUUUCCUGUUCGAGUUUAUGAAUCUUCUUGUUAUUGUUGUCAAUAAUUUCUCUCAAGUAGGCCUCCUGGUCGGUAAAACCAGUUUGUGUUUCGUCUUCGACUUUUAAGCUACAAUCUGGUAGAUCUGGGACCAUUUCGUUUGAUAAUUCGUUUGACGAUUCAUUUGAUAAUUCUUCAAGAACAACAGCUGGGGCAGACAAUUUCGUGAUGCACUUUUCGAAGCUGUCAGUUCGAAGUUUCUUUACACCGGGUCCUUUCCUUUGCGUGGCGAUGUUCGAAUCCAUGAAAACACAGAAGGGACAACUCCAUCUCUCAAUUCAUUUUUGACCGCGAGACAUUGAAGUGUUUUCCUUCGUCUCUUCUUAUCGCGUGGAGGCAUUUCUUUUCAACGGGUUCUCGGUCGGAAAUUAAAAAUAAGACACUUUUGUACAUUCUGGAACACAACAAUGAGUCGCCAUUUCCACUUCUUGUAAAUAAUUCGACCGAAUCGAUUCAAAACAGAUCACCUACUCAAUCUUAAUUAGCCUUUUGUUUACAGUGCUGUCCUCAAGCGUGGCCUUUCUGACCUCGGUUUCAUGUUUAAGUAGUUACCAGUCUCGCGCGUCGCGGCCAUUAUGAAAGUCGUGCAUAAAACCUAUUCUGCGGAGGAAAAACCAAAUCGAAUUUCUGAUUCUGGCCGGUUAACGGCCAGAGUAAAGAGUAGAUAAUGGUCCAGGUUCCUUCUUUGUCGCAUUUUAUUUAAAGUAAAAAUCCGAAGACGCACCACGCUGGGUGACUUUAACUCUUCUUAUUCAAGCGGAUAUUGACUGCAUUCUGCAUUUGUUUUCAUUCAAGACUCCCUCCGUUUUCGUCAAACAUUGUGCCUUAUAGUUAAAAGGGAGUUAGAUGCGUGUUAGUUACUUGCCUCAUUAACCUCGCAGCCAUUGUCUUGCUUCGUACAGUAGAAGCAAAGGAAAGUGUUAGGAUCUUGCUUGCAACUUUGCACAAUACAACACAACAAUGACCUUGGCAGUUUUAUAACACGCCUCUUCAAGUAAAAUUUGCUUUCGAUUUGUACAUGGAGCCGGAAAUCUGUUGCUAAAGGAUUCACAAUCAUUCGGUACUGGGCUUAUUAACUGCGUGAAGCGAUAACGAUUUACAUUUUACGAGGUAAGAAUUCAAAUUUAAAAAAGUAAUUCAUGUGUUCAAGCUUAUAUUCUGUUAGUAAUAUACUUUAUAAACGCCAUUCUCACAAUCUAGAAGCUGACAAACACAAGUAACCUAGUGAGCUGGGUUGUACAACAUAAGCUAGCGUGUUAAGGAAACAAAGGAACUUAGCGUAUUAAAAAAAAAAAAUUCUAGCGUGUUAUAGAAACAAAGUUCUACCGUGUUAGCCAGACACGAACAAUGGCUACGGACAAGCUUUCCAAAAUCAAUUUUUUUUAAUGCGUAUAUCUGCACGGUAAGCGUGUCGUGCCAUUAGCGUGCGAGCUUGUCAUAAAGUGCCGUAUGCAUGCAUUCACCUUAGCGUUGAGAUACGGUUUUUAGUGAUUUAUAUUCUAAUGAUGCGUAAAUCAAUCAAAUACUUUCAAAGCUAUUUGAGAAGCAUAUUUGUGAUCACUUGUACGACUUGCUUGAGGAAAAUGCGUUACUCCAUCACCUCCAGUCUGGAUUCCAUAGAUUCCACUCCACUGAGACCGCCCUCAUUCGACUAAUCGACCAGCUGUUCCUUGACUUAGACAAAAACAGAGCAACGGGACUCGUAUAUGUUGACUACAAGAGAGCAUUUGACCUCAUAGACCACGAUCUACUUCUAACGAAACUGAAUGUCUGGGAUAUGUGGUCACGAACUAGACUUACUACGCAACUAUCUGAGUGAACGCAAACAAUACGUAGUCAUUGACGGAAGUCGCUCCUUCCCAAGAACUGUGACGGCUGGAGUACCACAAGGGAGUAUACUGGGCCCCAUUAUGUUUCUCCUGUUCAUCAACGACCUACCCUUAGCAGCUCAGCGUUCCACCGUUGACAUCUAUGUGGAUGACACUAAUCUCAGUUUCUCAUCUGACGUGACAGAUGGACUUCUUGGCAUCACAUCAGCCCUUCAACAAGACCUAGAUGACCUUCGCAGUGGUCGGCUGCCAACAAGAUGGUCACAAACGCCGCCAGGACUAAAUGUCUCUUAUUGGCCGGGAAACGCCUUACAAAUAAGAUCGUCGAUAGUUCUUUAAAUCUUCAUCUUGGGAACUCAAAUAUAGAGCAGGUGGAUAGUCAAAAACUCCCAGAACUUGCCAUUGACCGACACUUAAGCUUUAAUAUUCAGGUUGAAGAACUGUGUAAGAAACUAUCCCAAAGAAUAGUACUGCUUAGGAAGAUAAGGAGAUUCCUCUGAACAGCGCAUAUUAUGCUAUGUUCAAGUGAUAACAUAAUGAGAGUCUUCAAGCUUCAAAAACGCGCUGCCCGAGUUAUCUCGGAAGCUUAUACAAGGUCGAACAGCGUGAAACUCUUUAAGAAAUUGGAGUGGCUUCCUUUUUAUGACAAAGUCAAGUUAAAUAAGAGCGUUUUAGUUUUAAAGCGUUUAUUAGGAAGCUGUCCUGCAUAUAUGUACGAUAUACUUAAAUUUAAUGCAGACCUACAUUCACGAACUGGUCGUUAUAGUAAAUUAAAUUUCGCCUACCCUCGUUUCAAUCGCGAAACCGAGGGAGGGAGGACCUUCAGCGUAUCUACAACAAGGCUGUGGAACCAGCUACCUACUAACCUAGAAAAAUAGGCGACAACAGUUGCUUCUUUCAGAAAGGCCCUUCACAGACAUUUCUAACGAGCUACGAUGGAGUAGAACAUUUUAGUCCGAAUGCGAUAGUAAAUUAAAUCUCGCCUGCCCUCGUUUCAAUCGCGAAACCGAGGCGACCCAAGCGGCAUAUUGUAUUUUGACCCGACCCAUAUGGCAUAUUUUAUUUCAUAUAGUUUUUAGCUUGCAUUCUUAUAGACCUGUUUUAUAAUCUUCGAGUUCAUUUUACAUACAUUUUAACUCUAAUUAUGGUACUUUUAGGAUCGAGAGCCACCAGUUCAUCAGUUGAAUUACUGUCAUGUGUUACCCCCCCUUAAAUAAAGUUAUUAUUAUUAGUAGUAUUAUUAUUAGUAGUAGUAGUAUUAUCAUUAUUAUUAUUAUUAUUAUUAGUAUUAUUAUUAUAUCAAAUCAUUUCAGUUGGAUAGUGAGCUGGUUCCAGCUCGUGAAGUCAAUAAUAAGGUUAUGUCAGGGUUGCUGCAUUUUCUGCGUCAGGGUAGUUUUAGGGGAUUCUACAAGGGAAAAAGCUUUAUACAUCGGUUCCCAGUAUUUGUUUCCGCGUUUGCUCGCCUGAUGAGGGAGUCGUUAGUAAGAACACUGAAUUUAAUAUGUAAUUUUUACAGGAUUACCGAUACCUCUUUCAAGCAUUAAUAUUUCAAUUGCGAGUGUUCGAGUAAUGUGGAUCAUAGUGAUGGAUCAGGAGGGGCAUCUUUGGUGUUUCGGGUGGAACUCACAAAAAUUUUGGCUUCUUUUUCAGCUCCUAACAUUCGUGAAAAGGAAGUAAACGAGAUAAAAGUCAUCGAGGUGACCAGCGGAAAGGAUGUUAAACUCACUUGCCAGAUCAGAACCGCUGGUCAGACCUCAAAACCAAGGUAUUACUGGCUCAAAGACAAUCAGACGCUCAGUCCAUCGAGUCAUCAUCGUCUGAGGUUAAAACUCUACAGAUACCUAAAGAUAAAAAGAGCUAAGAAAGAGGACACCGGCUUCUACACCUGUGUCGCAGUAAAUGACUGUGGCAAGAAUCAUUUUACAAUGCACCUAUUUGUCAGAAGUAAGUAAACAUUUGCAACCAUUUGAGUUUUUUUAAAAGUACAAGUACGCACGUAAUUUAUAGCGAUAUCCUGAGGUGACGUCAGUUUAAGUAGGAGUUGGAGUUGCUGAGGUAGGCAAAUAAGGAGGGAAAAGAUGGUAAUUUCAUACUUGCCAUUACAAAAAGUUAUUUCCGACGAAGUUGCAAUGUUUCCUUUACCAUUGCUUAAAAUAUUGAACUGAGACAGCUGGGAGUUCACCCGUCAGGACUUAAAUAGAAAGAUUCAGAUGUGUGUGGCCUCAGAUAAUCUGCAUCACAAAAGCAUUUUCCAUCUAGAUAAUUUCUUGUGUUUUUCUCUUUGAGGUCCAACACUGGAUCCCAAUAAAAUUACAGUAGGAGUUAAGACAGAUGUACUUUCAUUUCUAACCGGAAGAAAUUAGUGAAAGAUGAAUACAGAAGCAGUUUAGUUGAUACAGGAGCCGAUAUUAAUGUUCUUUGAAAUAGAGAAAAGCAACUUCCUCUGGAAGACAGUCUCAAUGGGGUGAUGGCUUUUACGGCUAACGUAACGUUACGGCUAAUUUUGGCCAAUCUACGGCUAACGGCUAAAUUUUUGGCCGUUGUAAGGCUGUCGGAUAACUCCAUUAACACCCUCUGAGAAGAAAACUGAUGAUGAAAAAAAAUUUUUAAGAAAUUGUAAUCUCUUGAAAAAACAUCGAUGAAGUGUUGAAGCUCAUCUACAAAGCCCAUCAAAUGAAUCUUUCAAGUUAAGAUUUUGUAAAUCCGAUUAAAAAAAAAUUAUAUUUUGGCAAUCGCAUAUGUUAUCCAGUAAAUUUCAUAAUUUUUCUACGCUUUGACUCGGGAGCUGAGACGGCCAAGAUCUGAUUGUUAAUUCUCCCCUUUAGCUGCUACACGCAUUUCCUUAUAAAUGCCGGAGGAACGAGAAUUUGGUGUUAGUUACUUCUAAGUGAUAAGUUUGAUUUUUCUCAUUACCUGUUUGCUGGAUGAUGUAUGGAUAUUAUACUAGGAGAAGUUACAUGUUGGUCGCUUGUGGGAGUUAAAGGGCAAACGGGUUAUGGGUCAGAGUGACGUGUUAUAGUGAAACCUCGAUUUAACGAAAUGCCAAAGGACCGGGGAAAUUGGUUCGUUACAUCGAGGGUUCGUCAUAUCGAAAACCUCGAUUUAACAAAUUUGCGGAAAAGCAACCAAAAUGUUGGUUAUGUCGUAGCAUGGUUAACAAUUGCUUUCCUUUUCUUCUUUCUUUUUUUUUUUGGGAGUGAGGUACCACAGGAAUCGGAGCAAUUAUUGUAAAUUAUAUUACUGCUUUAAUGUCUAUGUGAAGAAUUAUUUUUAAAAACAUUUUUUUAAAAAUCUAAACUAGUGAGCAGCACCCUGCGAACAGUGGUUGUAAAACUUUUUAAUUCUCCGACGCGUUUCGUCUAACUGUCGUAUACUUGAGGGAGUUUUACAAGUUAACACCAAACGCCUCUAUUUAUAAACCAUAGUCAGCGUCGAAGGAAACCCUCGUCCUACCGUGAAAUGGUACAAAGACGGAAACUUGUUUAAGGAAAGGAAAAGUGGCUACAGACUGUAUUGGAGUCGAUGGGCAACCAUGUUGAUUCUGAAGGGCUUGGUUCCCUCUGACGCUGGGUCAUACAUGUGUAAUGUGAGCAACUCAUACGGGUGGAUUAAUCAUACAUACAAACUAAACGUUCAUGGUAAGACGAAAAAUCCUUCAAAUUUUUCCGGCUAAUCUUCAAACUCUUGUGAUCUAUGUAAAUCCCAUUAAAAAUAGUCAAAUUAAAAUAAACAUUGCAAGUAACGAAACAAUGGAUGUUUUUGGGUUAGAUUGACAGUAUUGACAGUACUCUCCUUUCAAAUUUUUAGAACGAACUCGUGCUGAACCAGUUGUUCUACCCAUGGAAAAUGUCACAGUUUAUCGAGGGGAGAAUGCCAGCUUAACAUGCAAAGCAUCAAGCGAUUCCAUGCCUCAUUUCCAGUGGCUAAGGUGGUUUCCUCUGCGUUCCAACGGUUCGGCCAACAGUUCGGCAGAUGAUUCAAUUGAAACUCCUCACUACGAAAUCGUGAAUAAAGAAGACACAGACCAACAUGUAAUUUUGCCUCCAAGUGACGGCAAAAUGUUUGAUUUCCACGGAGUGAAGUUGACUUAGUUUAAUGUCACAAAGAGGGACGAAGGAAAAUACACCUGCAUUGUGGGAAAUGCUGUUGGUUACGCAGUCGAACAUACUUACAUCAUUGUCCAAAAAAUGGGUAGGUAAAACCAUAAUUAGAUUACUAAUUCUUAAUAAUUUUAGUUAUAAUUAACUUUAUUAUUUUCAGAUUAUUAGGGGCUUUCUGUGAUGUGCUCAUAACAGUUGUUUUUCUUACCACAUUUUGACGUCAUCUGUGAUAUGUUACUGAACAGAUGCACGGCAACAUGGAAUUUAUUUGUUAACCCCCUUUAACCCCUAAGAGUGACUAGCAUCUAAUUUCUCCUUAUAAUAUCACCCUUGGAUCAAACAUGAAGGUGAUGAGAAUAGAGCAAAUGAUCACCAACUAAAGCAGCUCUUGAUUAUCAAACAAAUUCUCUUUGUCAGCACCCUAGGAAAUGUAUAGUGAUUAGUGUGGAGAAUGUGGAUACUAAUGAUAAGGAGUAAAGGGUUAAUCCGUUAGGUGCAAUUCAUUGUCCAUGAAGCCCUUGUAAACAGCUUUCUUUUCUUGAGAGUCUCCUUCGUCUCGGGAAUCACGAAGGGUCGAUUUUUGCAUGACUACGUCCUGUGUUUUCUCGAACAAGCUAGCUCCACUGAGCGGCUUAGGCCGUUACAAUUACUUUGAUUUGGGUUUACAGCACUCAGUUAGAGUGUUUGUGUUGUGACUCACUUGGAUGUUCAUAAAUCAAACACACGGGCCAACUUAAAAAAGUGACUGCUUUAUGAUAGCGGAUCAUUUGCUGAAAAUUGUUUUCAACCGAGCAUAACUCAUUUUUUUUUCACUUUUUUAAUUCGUGAAGAUAAAGCAAAACCAACUGAAGCUGAGAAAACUGAAAGCACCACAGAUGGUAAGUGUAGCCGUGAAAAACGGACAUGAUUCAUUUUUUAAAAUAACAUUUGUAAUUUCUCUAUCUCAGAUAAAAAAGAAGCACGAUCUUUCACAUUUCUGGUAUCCGUAUCGCUACUAAAGGACCGGUUAUAAUUCGUCGUCCUGGGUAGGGGCCACCCUGGGGAGGGGGGCUUCCUGGAAAGGGGGGACUUGGAGGAUUUUGUCUGCGUCACGAUAAAAUUCACCUGAUUCCCUCUCAUUGGCAGUUAAUUAGCAGUCAAUUUUUUGUAGUCCCCCCCCCCCCCUUUAUACUUUGGCGACGAAUGCCGCGCCUCUGUUCCCCCUGAAAACCAUGUGAUCCGCCCUUAAAAUCCUCUACCCCUAGCUCCAGGCUAUAAAUUAUGAAUGGUCGCCAGGUGUGCCAAUUGUUAAGCAUGCACACGCCACUUAGUGCAUCACGUGCGCACUAAAUAUAAGAAAAGCUCAUGAAAAUCUUGACUGAUGGUUGCUGCAAAUAAGGAUGACCAUAUUUUCGUUGGAUGCACCUUUGUAUUUGUGGAUCUCUUCCUUUCAUGAUUCUUUCCAUCUUGCCGAGCAAAUGAAACACUGAAAUGCGAUAUAACAUGUAUCAAGAAGCCUUCUUGUUCGUAUUUUUUCUAACUAAACAGGAGCUUAAUUCUGGCCUGAGGGAAUGACUUUGGUAUCAAACAGAAUUAUCGAAACGUUUCAUUUCCUGUAAAAACACACAACGCCUACCUCAAAGAAUUUUUGAGGGAUUUGUUGAAGGUAAAGUUCCCUUGUCGCAUUGGCAAAGAAGAGCUCAAUCCCAGUCGAAACCAGACUGGUUUCGACUUUUUUUGUUACGACGACUUCAAUUAGUAAUAACCUGUGGGUAAUGGCGUUUGGAGUAACUUCUUGCGGUUCAAGCAACCUCGAGGAAUUCUUGCCUUUCUCAGCAAUUUUUGAGCAAAAUAUAAGUUUAGAGCACAUAUAAAGGACGAAAAAGUCAACGAUUUCAUAGAAAACUUCAAUUUAUACGAAUUUCAUGAAUUGCUUGUUAACCUUUUGAAUACAUAACUUGUCACGUGAUAACAUUUCGCAGGCCUAUUGCAAUCCUUAUCUAAGAUUUUAGCAGAUAAUCGGCUAAAAUGACUUUUGUUCCGUUUAACUAAAGAGUAUUCUUAAAUUUCGCCUAUAUUUGCGAGGAACCCUUUAAAGCUAAGUUUCUUGACCGCUGUUGUAAGCAAUUAUUGUGAGGGCGAAAAAUAAGGCUUUAAAUUGACAUUUAUAUAGAAAUAUCAACACAUUUAGGUGCACCUUUUUGGAAUUUCAGCAAUUUUUAAGCAACCAAGCAUUCCAGUUAGCAACUUUCCAGUGUUUUUACAAGUAUGAUUAGGAGAGGCCUAUUUGAGAGGCUUCGUCGAAGCUUGAAGUAUUUAGACUUCUUUUUAUGCCAUGAGUUUAAUUGUGGUCGAGUUGUGAAGAUCAUUUCGACAUUAGCAAGUCGUUUCUGUGGCCUAUUUUCGAUUUGCAUUUUAAGGAAAAGGUUUAAAAAUCUUUGAAGUGGUGCUGGGGGAAAGGAGGGAAUUCAUUCAAGAUGGAGAGAUACAUAUGUUUGGUUCAUUCUUGUGUAGGUUCUACUGUUAGCCUGACAUCCAUCAGUUCUGAAAGUGAAGCAUAUUCGAAGACAUCAAUGGGUUGGACUGAUAGAAUAAGGUACCCGGCGGCUGUAAUCGCAGUUUCAGUGGGCGUGGUCGUCAUGUUGAUCAUAGCUUCCGGUCUCUGUUAUUGGCAGGUGAAGAUAGGCCGAGCGAGCUCGUCCGCAACGAUGAAAGGCCGACACAACAUCACAUCACUUCAAGCGACGUACGUAGUUCAGUCGAAUGAGUACGUAAUAGUGCCAGACCUAAAAGGACUUGAGAAUGAUUUUGGCAUCAACUGAUUGUAAACAAAAAGCCACAUGAAAGAGGAACUCAAAAGUAAACUUUGUAAAAGAGAAA